AGGUUACUAUUUCUUCGUGGAGACGUCAUGGCCGAGAAAGCCUGGAGACAAGGCAAGAUUGGCUACCUACUACAACUUCGCUAGUGUACGAUCAAACGAUUACACUUGCCGACUGCGAUUCUACUAUCACAUGUGGGGCGAUCACAUAGGUAACCUAAGCGUGAAAGUUCGAGACACUAUUGGGGGACCUGAGACUACACUAUGGAUCAGGAAUGGACAAGUAGGGAACUACUGGGCACGAGCUGAAGUCAUUUUGCAGAGCCCUAAGGACUUCCAGGUACAUUUAGGGAUAGUAGAUUCUUUUGUUUCCAUGUUUUUUUUCCGUUUUUUACAUAGUCGGUAUAGCAGUGCGCAGAUGUACCAAACUUUGCAGCUGUUUUUCAGAUUUUCCCGUUUUUCCCUGUAGUAGCACUGGAUCAAUAACGAAACGCCUGUUGCUGAAUAUCUAGGAAGAACAGUUUAGAACUGAUAGAGCUAUCCAGUAUAAAUAAAGUUAGUUUAGUUUAGGUUUCCUCCUGUAAUAACACUGGAUCAAUAAGAGAUGAUCCUUACUGGACCUCUAGGAAGAACAGUUUAGAACUGAUAGAGCUAUCCAGUAUAAAUAAAGUUAGUUUAGUUUAGGUUUCCUCCCGUAGUGACACUGGAUCAAUAAGAGAUGAUCCUUACUGGACCUCUAGGAAGAACAGUUUAGAACUGAUAGAGCUAUCCAGUAUAAAUAAAGUUAGUUUAGUUUAGGUUUCCUCCUGUAGUAACACUGGAUCAAUAAGAGAAGAUCCUUACUGGACCUCUAGGAAGAACAGUUUAGAACUGAUAGAGCUAUCCAGUAUAGAUAAAGUUAGUUCAGUAGGUCUCAAGGAUUUUAUUGCCUUUAUAUCGCACAAUGAGAGUCGCCAAUUAAGACAUCUGGGGAAAAGUGUUAAGACAGAUCAUGUAUAAAUGAAGAUGUUUAGUUUAAUUUUUCUGUGAUAACAACACUGGACCAGUAUACCUCGUUUAUUUCAGAUAAUUAUCGAAGCAGUCAGAGGCACAAACUACCAAGGUGAUAUCUCGAUAGAUGAUGUAUCAUUGACACCAUACUGUAAGAGAGGCAGCACCCUACCUACAGCCCCACCCACCUCACCUCAGCCCACCACUCCUGGGCCGUGUGGCUCUGGACGAUUCCAAUGUAAGCAGUCUCAGACCUGUAUAUCGAAUUCUCAAAUUUGUGAUUAUUGGAAGGAUUGUCCGGACGGAUCGGAUGAAGCGAAAUGUGGUAGGUUAUUGGGUAUAUAGGGUUAGUUAGGCUGUUUCAGGCCUCGAAUUUCCCUGAAAUCAAUCGACGGUAAUGGCGUUAAAAAUUGCCGUAGAACGUAACAGCUGUCUACGGCAAUUUUGACAGUUUCCACGGCAUUUUUCAAAUUACUGUAAUAAAAAUUUAAUUUUAUUGUUACUUUGGAUUUUUGGCAAGCUAGAAACAUGUCCACGUAUUUCUUUAGUGUUUUAUUUUCGAAGAAAACUGAGACUAAAUUAGUGAUUUACGCAUGAUUUGAUCAACAUCUGAAUUCAAGUAUCAAAAUAGUAAUGCACAGUGAAUAGUAUAAAAAUUGCACUAUACGGCAAAAAAUUGCCGUCGUUGCCGCAAUGAUCCACGGCAUUUUGUUCUCCCUCUACGGCAAUUGCCGCGAUAAAAUUCGAGCCCUGGGCUGUUUGCAAGGCCGGAUUGUUCUGCAGCUAGCGAUUGCGGCAAGUUACAAACGACCUACUUUAUUCACAGAUUUAACAACAUAAUGUUACUGUUGAAUAACUCACUAUUUCUAACGUGUUAUGCAAUUAUUAUUUCUGAAUAUUUAUGCAGGAUUAAAACUUCAUUUUUUUUGCAUAAUAUUUACAAUAUAAUACAAUGCAAGAACUGUUAUGCACGCUUGUCUUGGAAAACCUCCGUCUCUGAUAAUGAUUACGCAAAUUACGAAGGAAUUUGGGCCGGUGAUGAUUUCUAGUCAUUAAUGUAGCAGUAUACACUGGGAAAAAAAAUUGAAAUCCAUAUACUAUGAAAUUUGCAAUUCCACUAAAUCCAUAGUAUAUCCAUAUUAUUUCGAUACUAUAUACAUAGUAUGGAAAUAUACAAUUAUUAUGGAUAAUCAAAAUCCAUUCUAUUUUCAAUAAAGGUCCAUACAAUUCCAUUCUAUGACCUUCUAUGGAUUUUCAAAAAAUUUUCCAGUGAUAAUGUAAUAUAUAUCUGAUUGUCUAAAUUUAUUUCCUUGCAGGAUCAUGUACUUUUGAAUCAGCGGACCUGUGUGGUUGGAAGGACGUGAGCACUGGUGAGUAUGGAUGGCUGAGGAACCGUGGAACAACACCUUCGCACAAAACUGGACCUAAAGUCGACCAUACCUGUGGAACUAGCUCAUGUAAGUUGUAUUUUUACGUUGGUUUGUGUUCAUGGCCGGAUUUUUAGGGGAGUUGUGGGAGGUGUGCACCAUAAAAAAUUGUCAUCAAUCUCGAUCAAUCAAACCAAGUUUCUGUGAUCGAUCACAGUGGGAAUUUUUUGAAUCGGUAAAUUUUAAGUUUUUUAAGAUUUGUAAGCAAUGUUUGAGGGGCCUGACUGGAGUUGAUUCAGUGUUUAGAACUGAGCCAGUUCCCUUAAACAUUUCUUACAAAUCUUUCAAACACUCAUUAAUAAUUCAUAAGCUUGUCGGCAAAUCAUGUCAACCAUAAUAUGUCACGUGCAGUGGCUUUAAACCUGAUAAAACACUCCUAAUUAGUAUUCUCUAUAUAAAAAAUACUAAUAAGGCAGUAUCUAUUGUAGUUGUGUCCUCAUUUGUAUUCUUUAUAUAAAGCAUACUAAUAAGGAAGUAUAUCUAUUGAAUUUGUAGUCUUGUUUGAAGCCGUUUAAUAAACUCGCAGGUCGUGUUUUAUUAGGUCUAAAGCCACUCGCGCUGCGCGCUCGUGACUACCUAAUAAAACACUCCUACUCGUUUAUUAAACAGUACUUCAACAAUUUGAAUUUACCAAUGCAAAAUUCCUACUGUGAUCAACAGAAACUUUGAUAGUGUAAAUCGACCGUAAUUUGUGCAGCCAUGAACGAAACUACAACGAUAUGUUUUCAGGUCAUUACAUCUACAUUGAGGAUGGGUCAGGAACAUCCUACCAAGUGGCAAACAUCGAGAGUCCACCAACUGGAAAGACUUACCACACAUGUACAGUCCAGUUUUACUAUCAUCUGUACGGCACAUUCAGUUCCGCCAACUAUCUCUGGAUCGGUUUGACGUAUGGAGGAUCGACGUCUUAUAUCUGGAAUACAAAUGGUGACCAAGGUGAUAAGUGGAAUAAGGGAGAAUUUGGACUUGGAUCAGUACCUGCGGGUGAGUUUUUAGGAAUGUGCAUUAAGGCCAAUUUACACAAUCAAGGACACAACUCACCACGACAACAUAAGCGAAAUGUGUGCUUGAUUUAUACAGUACAACCCAAGUUGUAAGCAGGUUGCAUGCGACAGUUUUAGACAUCGGCCUUUAAUAUUGAACAUAUAAGUUACUCUUAUAUACGUAUAAUUUAACAAUUCCACAUGGCUAAGGUUUUGUUUUUUAUUAUUUUUUCCUUCUUAUAUUAGGGAUAGCCUUUAUUGGACCUCUUGGGAGAACUAUACAUAGACAAAAUCAAUAGAUAAAAUCAGUAUAAAUAAAGUUAGUUCAGCUUAGGUUUCCUCCUGUAGUAACAUUGGAUCAAUAAGAGAUGAUCCUUACUGGACCUCUAGGAAGAACAGUUUAGAACUGAUAGAGCUUUCCGGUAUAAAUAAAGUUAGUUUAGUUUAAGUAUCCUCCUGUAGUGACACUGGAUCAAUAAGAGAUGAUCCUUACUGGACCUCUAGGAAGAACAGUUUAAAAGCUAUCCAAUGUAAACAAAAUUAGCUAGAGCUAUCCAGUGUAAACAAAAUUAGUUUGGCUUAGGUUUCCUCAAUGAAUCAAAGCUUGCCCCUUACUGGACCUCUUGGGGGAACAGUUUGGAACUGAUAUAGCUUUCUUGUUACAUGUAAAAUGACGUUAGGUUUAUUUAGUGUUCCUUCUGUAGUAACCCUGGGCAAAUAAGUGAACAUGAAUAUAAUAAAUUCUUGAUUAUUUCAGGAACUAAGAUCUCUUUCGAGGCCCUCAAACCGUGGACCUUCUUUGGAGCUGCAGACAUGGCUAUCGAUGACGUCUCUUUCGUGAACUGUGGUAUACCCAAGCCAAGGAAUUGUCUGCCUGGCGAAUUUAAAUGCAAGAGACAGUUCUGUGUUGCGCCUGAUAGAAUAUGUGAUUUUGCGGACGAUUGUGGAGAUCAAAGUGAUGAGACAACCUCUGCGUGCCUGAGUUACCCAGGUCGUUGUAACUUUGAGAAAGAUACCUGCUUCUGGACACAAGACACUGGCGAUGAUUUCGACUGGACUCGGGCCUACGGUUAUACAUGGUCCUAUAAAACUGGACCUGGACGUGACCACACGACGUGUAAGUUACAGAUAACCAGAAAUAAUUUGCAGCUAGUUGAACAAUGGACCUUUCCCCUUAUAACUAAAAUUUCGAUCUAGACAUAAAUUUCGUCACAGCUUGAAAGAGCAUCACAAAAUUAGUAAUUUUCCUAAGUUUUGUUGCAAAAUCUUGUAAAAUGCGGAUAAUAUAGCCUUGUGAAGUUUGCCGUUUUUCAGUCAUUUUGUAUUACAAACGGGAAAUUGACAUCCGAUUCGGGUGUUGGGGCUGCAAUUUCCCGUUUGUAAUCUAAAAUGACUGAAAAUUGCAAAUUUCGCAAGGCUCUAUUUUCCUCAUUUUACAUCAUUUCGCAACGAAACUUUGGAAUAUUACUAAUUUUGUGAUGCUCUUUCAAGCUGUGAUGAAAUAUUUGUCUAGACUUGCCUAGAUCAAAAUUUCGGCUUUUAGGGGAAAGGUCUAUUGGGCAUGAGAAUGUCAGUUGGGCAGUAGGAAACAUACCUCAGAACCUGUCGACUUGAGAUUUGAUCAAUAAGAUUUGGCCACGGAACAAAAAAUAGUCAAACCACACAAAGUUUGAAAAAAGUGAAUGUUAUAGAAAAAAGACGUCGAUCAAAUCUGGUCCGUAAAUAUUGCAAAAAGAUACUAGGAAAAAUUAAAAUUUUCUGUUAUACUAGUGUUCCAUAGACCUUCUGUCCGUUGUUUAUUUGAAUUAAAUCUGAUUGGUAAAUAUUGCAGCACAAAGAUAUAGUUACAGCUUUUUUUACACAGUUACUUAACUAUUAUUCAAUAGGUUAUAUAAAUGGAGGAGGGGUAUCCCCUGUCCUUACCCCUCAAUGAAUCACUUAUUGAAAGAUAUUCUGAGUUUUUUUACAUUUCUACUUGCAGCUACCCCACAAGGCUACUACCUGUACAUCGAGACUUCAUAUCCACGAACGUCAGGCGAAGUAGCCCGCAUUAGCAGCCCGAUUAUUAAGGUGAAAUCAGCCCAAGAUAACUGCCGCCUGAGAAUGUUCUACCAUAUGUUUGGAAAAGAUGUCAACUCACUGAAGAUCUAUCAUAGAGAUGCGGUCGGAGGAAAGCUGUCUGAAAUAAAGACGAUACUAGGUGAGAUUCUGUAUAAAGUUUUUUCCUUGAUAAUUUUUUAUUUGCUCGUGUGUACGGCGAAAACAUUGACAAGGAGUCUUGUUCCAAAGCUAGUCAUGACCAUUGAACUAUAAAUAAACUGGAAGGCUAACUGCUAUGAUGAAGGCCUAUGAUUUGAUGAAGCCAAAAUAGUUUUUCUGAGUUAUGAGCAGAAAUACUUGACCCCAAACGUUGGGCUAUAUAUCAAAUUGAAGCUAUUGAAAAUUGCUAUUCGGUGUGGAAAUUUCAAGACUUCGGCGAAAAGAAAAAUAUUUAAAAAAUACAAAAACAACUGCACAAUGGCAAAUUAUCGGUAAUUAUUUUUGUAGUUUUUCAAUAUUUCCCUUUUAGCUAAAAUCUUGAAAUUUCUACACCAAAUAGCGUUUUUCAAUAGCUUCAAUUUGAUAUAUAGCCCAACGUUCAGUGUUGAGUAUUUCUGCUCAUAACUCAGAAAAACUAAAAUGCACUGGAUUCAACCCCCCCCCCCUCCCCUGAGCCUUCCAGUUUAUUUAUAGUUCAAUGGUCAUGACCACUGAACUAUAAGUAAACUGGAACGAUAAGUUCGCCGCCAUCUUUCAAGCCAGUUAUGAGUGUUUUCUACAGCUAUCCCCAGUCCUUUUUUACAAAAUGGAUGCGAAAAAUUCAGCUUAAAAAUCGUUUAUAUUUUCUCACUUUUUCUUCUUGCAAGGCAUUUAUAUUUAUCUCAGAGCACAAUUAGACAAUACAUCUUUUAUCUAAGGCACAUAAAAUAAGCAAAUAUUGUUUAGCUGUCGAAAUGUGACACGAACAAAACGAAACUCGGCAAAAAACCGCGCGAAAAGUUAUGGUUUUUCUGAGGUUUUUUACUUAUAGUUCAAUGGUCAUGACAGCUUUUGGACAAGGAUAAUAUUUGUUCGUGUGUGAGGCCGUUUUUAAAACACAAGCAGGAGUGCUUUAUCAGAUAGGGUUAUAGGGUAUAAAACCGUUGGAUCAGAUGUCGUAUACAUAAAACAAACUUUCAAUAACAAACUGGCUGCCUGUUUUGAUUGAAUUGUCGGCAAUAUGAAUUCGUCAAUCAAUUCUUAAAUGGUUUUUCCAGGUGAUCAAGGGGAUGUUUGGCGGCGUUAUGAAUCAACCAGUCUGUUCAAACCUACACCAUUCCAGAUUGUCAUCGAGGCGACCGUUGGAGCUAGUUACCAGGGUGAUAUUGCGAUUGAUGAUCUCUCGUUUACACCUGGAUGUAUCAUUGAAUCUAGCACCACACUGGUUCCUACUGGAUUUACCGUCCCCACUUCGAUAACUUGUCAAGUUGGACAAAUGAGGUAAAAUGGAGUUUGCGUAGAAAAUUUCAACUAGUGUAAUCUAAGCUAACUUUCUUUCUAGUGGUAUCUAAACUGCAAGCUGAUUAUCACUACAGUCAUUACCACCACUACUAUCACCAUAAUUAUCAGCGCCAUCAUUACCAUCAUCACAAUCACCACCAUUACACAGCUAUCAGCAUCACCAUCAUUACCUUCAUCAUCACCACCACCAUCUGAUCAUCAUCAUUACAAAAAUCACCAAACCAUCGUUACCAUUAUCAUCACACUGUCAUCAUCACCACUGUCAUGAUCACCAUUAUCAUCAUCACCACUGUAUCAUGAUCACCAUCAUCACCACUGUCAUCAUGAUCGCCAUUAUCACCAUCAUCACCACUGUCAUCAUGAUCACCAUUACCACUGUCAUCAUGAUUACCAUUAUCACCAUCAUCACCACUCAUCAUGAUCACCAUUAUCACCAUCAUCACCACUGUCAUCAUGACUACCAUUAUCAUCAUCACCAAUGUCAUCAUGAUCACCAUUAUUAUCAUCACUACCAUCAUCACCUACUUCAUACACUUAUAUCUACCAGAUUUACUUUGCCAAUCACGUUUCAAUGAAAAGCUUUUUUAGACAUCGAUUUUUUAGACCUCGAUUUUUUAGACCUCAUUACUGGACCACUGGGAAAAAAUGUGAAAUCCAUACUGUGAAAUUAGCAAUUGCACCACUAAAUCCGUAGUAUAUCCAUACUAUUUCCAUACUAUAUCCAUACCAUGGAAAUAUACAAUUAUUAUGGAUAACCAAAAUCUAUUCUAUUUCCAAUAAAGGUCCAUACAAUUUCCAUUCUAUGACCUUCUAUGGAUUUUCAAAUUUUUUUCCAGUGGGCCUCUUUGCUAAAGCUAUGUUUCUAAAUUUUGCAGUUGCGAUGACGGGCAGUGUAUUGCUGCAAACAAAUAUUGCAACUUCAGAAAAGAUUGCACAGACGGGUCGGAUGAGAAGAACUGCGCUGCAAAAUGUGACUUCGAGACGAACGAAUGCGGAUGGAGGGAUAACAAGUACAAAGACCACAUUGACUUUACCCGCGAUACGGGCGGAACACCUACACCUCAUACUGGACCUAGUGUAGAUCACACGUUGGGCACUUCAUUAGGUGAGGUCACUGACCUUUAUAUAACACUGGAUUGAGUAUCUGAUGUAGGCCCAUUUCUCGAUCUAACAUGACAAAUAUGCAAAGCAUGAUGACCGGAUGGCAUGGCGAACAGUGGGAUUCUCAAAACAAUGAAACGAUAAUGGAACAUUCUGAUCUCUCAAACGUAACUGAAUGUAAUAUUUCAAAUCCGACUACGAGAACUAGACUAGAAUUCAAGUCCGUGCAAUUUGAUCGCUGAUCCAAAGCUCUGAACAAAAUAAACAUGGUCUUUUCCACCAACAAAACAAAUACAUUAUAGGCCUGUUUACACUUUACACUAUCAAAUAUCUGUGAUCACAGUAGGAAUUUUGCAUUGGUAUAUGCUAAGUUUUGAAGGAUUUGUAAGAAAUGUUUGAGGGGACUGAUUAAAUGUUAAACACUCUCAAACAUUUCUUACAAAUCUUUCAAAACUUAGACUUUACCUAUGCAAAAUUCUUACUGUGAUCACAGAAACUUUGAUGGUGUAAACUAGGCUUAUAUCAAUUAUUUUCUAUUCUGAACCAUAGGUCACUAUGUGUACGCUGCGGUGAACAACAAAACUGGUGGAUUUGCCUUCCCUCGGUACAUCAGUCCACGGUAUUAUAAAUCUAGCAAGACAUGCAAGUUCCGAUUCUACUAUCACAUGAACGGCUCAUCUUACGCAUUGUUGAGUGUGAACAUUUGGAGGAAUAACCUAGACACAUAUCUCUGGAGUGACACGUUCAAGUUAUCAAAUGAAUGGAGAAAUGCUACCGUGGACCUACCACCUUGCCUCACUGACUUCCAGGUAUGUAUGAUGGUGAUGGUGGCGAUGAUGGUGCUGAUGGUAGUUAUGACGAUGUUGGUAGGUGAUGUGGUGAUCAUGCUGUGUGGUUAUUAUGGCGGUGGUAGUUAUGAUGGUGGUGGUAAUAUGGUAAUAGUGGUGGUAGUUUUUGAUAGUGGUGAAGAGGAUGGUGUUAGUAGAUGAUGGUGGAGGUGGUGAUGAUGGUAGUUAUGUUGAUGAUGAUGGUGGUAGAUGGUGGUGGUGAUGGUGGUGGUGAUGGUGAUGGUGAUGAUGAUGAUGAUGAUGAUGGUAGUUAUGUUGAUGAUAGUGGUAGAUGAUGAUGGUGGUUGUGGUGGUGAUGAUGGUAGUUAUGUUGAUGAUGGUGGUAGAUGAUAAUGGUGGUGCUGGUGAUGAUGGUAGUUAUGUUGAUGAUGGUGGUAGAUGAUAAUGGUGGUGGUGGUGAUGAUGGUAGUUAUGUUGAUGAUGGUGGUAGAUGAUAAUGGUGGUGGUGGUGAUGAUGGUAGUUAUGUUGAUGGUGAUGGUGUUGGUGACGAGGUUGAUGGUGGUGAUGGUAGUAGAUGAUAAUGGUGGUGGUGAUUAUAGUGGUGGUGAUGGUAGUUAUGUUGAUGAUGGCGGUAGAUGAGUGAUGAUGGUAGUUAUGAUGAUGAUGGUGGUAAUAAUGACGAUUGACCUUGACCAUUUCUCCUCCAGAUUGUGUUUGAGUCCUGGCAUUUCCUUGGUGACGAAGGUGAUAUAGCUAUUGAUGAUCUGGAAUUCAUCGACUGUGCUGAAGCACUACCUCCUUCCAGCUGUCCUGACUUCACGUGCACUAGCGGACAAUGUGCACGAAGUAAAGAUAAAUGUGACUUCACUCCGGAUUGUUGCGACUAUUCCGACGAAACAGAUAAAUUGUGCUCAGGAUACUUCAGG